CUCACCAGGCUUAAAAUUCACCAUCACUAGUCUAUCAUUACGCAUAAAUAAUGUUGUUUUGUCCCUUUCCUUUCAUGAGGUAUUUUAAAAGUUUUCUGUGCCUUACCAUUUUUCUUGAACAGACCAGACGAUAUUUACCACGUAACUAUUAUGCCUUGUUAUGAUAAGAAACUUGAAGCUUCCAGAGAAGAUUUUUAUAACGACAUAUACAAAACCAGAGAUGUGGAUUGCGUUAUUUCUUCACGUAAGUUAUUGGUUAGCAUAAUAAACCACUCUUAAUUCAGAAGAAAAACAACCACAACAACUAAAGAAAAACAAGGGUCUCCUAUGGUUGGAGAUGAGAGUUUGACGAAAGUCUCGUUUACUAUCAGUUACUUUUAUCAGCCAAGCUGAACAUUGUAGAUUGUGCAUGGGUAUUUGCUGGAAUACAAACUGGAAAUGGGAAUCAUUACGAAACCACGACAACGAAGAAAGUGAACCGUUACUAACGUGUAUUUUAAUUCUUUCUUUUAAACUUCAUCUUGAUUAAUUCAAUUCGCUCAAUGUGUCAAUUUUAGCGAAUCCGAGGUGAAAAAGAGCGAGAAAAAUUCAUCCCCUUGUGUUCUUGUCCUCCAGAAGACGGUGCAUUAGGAAAUUUCAUUACGUAGUUGAGCAGAGGACUUCAAAGAAAUGUACUGAAAAUAACGUGUUGCCGUUUUACAUGUGCAGAUUUGUUGUUUUGCUUAGAGCGAUUUUCGUGUGACCAUGAAAUGAAAACGCGCAAACAAAACAGAAACAACAAAUGAACGAAUAUAGAACGAUUUGAUUGUUUUAUCGAACGGAUACAAACGCGCGUGGCUUUUGGUUGGUUAAGCGAACGCUCGGCUGAUUUUUUUCUCCUUUUUCCCCCAAUGCGGAGCCUGGUCCCAGGCUAGACGUGUUCGUUGCCGUUGCCGUCGGUCCAGCGUCGUUUCGCACGCUCCUUGAUGUCAGGUAUAAAUCCUCUAAAGUAAAGUUCCUGGACAGCAGGUGAUUGUGGAUGAAUAUGGGUUCCAUUUAUUGCUUCUUAGGCUAUUAACCCAUGUGUAAUUCAAUUUCUGUUUCUUAGUUGAACUUGAAAAGAUGUUUGAAGAAAAAGAAGUUUGCUUUACAGAGCUCGAGAAUGCGCAUUUAGAUAAUCUGUAAGUCUACCAUCGUUUUCUUGUGGUGUGACUCUUUCUUUUUAAUUUUCUUUUCUUUUUUGUUGUUGCUUUUUAAAUCUGAAAAAGCCCUCUCAAAUUUGUCUCUUUUUUUCUGUCAUGCUUUAGAUUCUCAAGUGUUGACGGAGAUGAACUUGUUGGCCAUUCUGGCGGUGGUUCGGUAAGAGUGGUUUUUUAACCCUUUACUUAACGCUAAGAUCAAAAUUCAUUUCUCAUUUGUUGCCCUAUUCACUUCUUAUAGAAGUAGCGAGGAGAACAUAUUCAACUUCACGGCCAAAUAUAAAAUCCCAGCAGUAUCCAGCCAGGGUGUCUGUUACAAUUAUCCCAUUGUUCAGUUUUCCGGUAGAUCUCUUGUGGGUCAUUCGAACUAACGUGAUAUUCGAAAAGCUACAAACUCGACUGAUCAUUCGGAUCAUUUCAGCUAACCCGACAAAGAAGUUUGUGACUUUUCGUAAAUCUCAAUUUGUUCAAAAUAUUUAGACUCAAGAAUGUCCGUAUGUUUUGUCCUGUUUCACCUAGGAAGAAUUGUGCUGUGUUAAUAUGAUUUCACUUUAUUUUAGGGAGGUUAUCUGGAACAUAUCUUCACUUUUGCAGCCAGAGAGGCAAGUUGCAACUUAUUAGUUUGAGAAAAAUUAGAGGAUCGUUACACUCCUAGCAAUUUUAUAAAUUCUUGGCCAUGUUUCCACUUAACGGUAAAGAACUGUCCCACAUAGUAAAAUAAAAACCCUCUGAAGUUUGACCACGGGGGAAAGGAUAUCAGGAAGAUAACUUUUUUCCUUUUUAAUUUUCAAUGUUUUUUAAACUUUUACAGCUACAGAAUCUCUGUUAAGUUACGGUAGUCUUCCACGCAGACGUUCUUAAGAACUUCGUCACCCGUUCUUUCACGUGGGAAAGAGGCAGGAAAAAGGCGGGAAAAAGCGGCCGAAGCGUUUUCCUUGAACUUCUUUCCACCUCCCAUCGACGCCCACGCACUUUCCUUUCGCCUCUCCCCAGUCUCCCAUCGGCACAAAGAGGCGCCAGUGGAGGAAGGAGUUGUAGCAAACAAAAAUUCAAAUUUAUGAAAUUACGGGAUUGGAUGGCAUGCUCAAAAAGAACAAGAUGAGCAAAGGCUCCUUGCCAAAAAUCAGCCCUUUAGUGCAAAUUGUUUAUGCUCUGAUGACUCCAAUUCUUCUAAAAUUGGUUUGUAUCGUAACGUUUACGAUCCAGGUCUACGUUGCAUAAAACCUUCUUAAGACAAGAGGGCUCUUAACUCUUGUUCUGGAACAAUCCCUUAAUCUUAAGAUGUCUUUUGUAACCCGGCCUAUUUUAGAAGGAUUUAUAAUUGUAGUCAUUGGAGCAUAAAAAUGCUUAUGUCUCCCCGCCAACUUACACUAACAGGCUAAAUUUUGGCAAGUGAACAUGUCUCAUCUUAUUCUUUCUGGGUAUGCCACCCUCUCCCAUAAUUUCACAACUGUAAUUUUUGUGACACCAUUACUUCUCGUGUUUGUUGUUCAUACUCACUUGGUGUUGUUUCAUUAGUUGUAUGGCAGGACGGUAGAUGAUAUCACUUACAAGACACUGAGAAAUAAAGACUUUAAGGAAGUCACUUUGCAGGUACAGCUAUUGUUUAGAAUUGGUUACGACCGGAACAGUUCAAUGAAAUUUUAAUUUCCCGCGCCGUAGCUGUUGCUUUUAAAUUCCACAACAAUAUUACACUUGUGAAAGCUUUUUUGAGGUGACUUUUGGCAGAAUGAUAGUGAUCAUCCGUUUUUACUCGUGCAAGGUGGACGGUCAAGAUGUCCUGAAAUUUGCAGCAGCGUAUGGAUUUAGAAAUAUUCAGGUACGUAUAUUGUGCCAUGUCGCUAGUAAUUUGCGCAGUAGUUAGCCAAUCUUUUGUAAAAAGAAAAUUCUGUUAUUGUUUCUUUAUUCUUCAUUCCAAAAACUAUGAGGAGAAUGGGUGAAAGCUGUCCGCUCAAUGAUAUCUAAGAUCUUUGAAUACCAUCGACCAAUCAUAACAACGCUUGUCCACCGAAACGAUCCCAGAAAUCACUGGGGCCAAGGCUUGUUCCCAUUCUCCCUGGAGCUUUUAUAGUGGGAAAUUUCAACAGCUCAUUUUGUAUGAACGUGAAUAUAGCGAGUUAAACCUGUUAAACUUGUUUUGUCUUGCGUAACCAGGUUAUGCUUAACCCGUCUUUACUGCCUAUUAAUUACUUUUUGUUCGUCUGUUUGUAGAAUCUUGUCCAAAAGCUUAAGCGUGGUAAAUCUCCUUACCAUUUUGUGGAAGUUAUGGCCUGCCCAUCAGGUAUGACUCGCAAUUUAUUUCAAUUGGGUGGGUUACUAUAACCAUUGGUGUGUAUGAAAGUGUAUAAAAAUCAAAGUGAGCUUUGAAUACCAUUAAAAAUGAACCUUUCAUCGUGGUACGGAUUUUUUAAACUUAUCUUGGGGCGUUGUUAAGUUCUCGUAAACACGCACUUUCAACUCAAAACUAUUUCCUUUCCGUCUGUUAAAGACUUUUAAUUACAGUUAGGCUACGUUCUUACGUAGACUGUUCACAGUCCCAUAUUUUUCCGUAAGGUCGUCAAGCGCUUUGCGUUACGGGCAGCGAUCGUGGAUGAGUGUCAAAACUACUUAAGGUACAGGAGGCGGUUUGGGAGGAAGCGCCUCCUAACCAGUUUUGGCACUUAUGCAAGAUGGCCGCCUUUAACGCAAAGCGCUCGAUCUCGACGAUCUUAUGGAAAAAUAGGGGACUGUGAACAGUCUAGUUCUUACAGCCCCGGACGAAUUUUCUUCCGGUUUAUAAAAACGUCACCGGACGCUUUCCUCACACGGGACCGUUUAAUAUUUACGUUCUAUUCACGCGGAACUUGGCGUCUAAAUUUUCGUAUACGCCCUUGUUAAAGUGGUGCCGUAUGAAGAGAACACCAAAACACACGAAUUUUUAACCGAUCGAAAAUUUGUCCGUUGCCUUGUGAAGGCAACCUUAAUCAGCCUGUUAGUUCAGGUGUCCAGUUAGUGGGGAGGCGAGCAAAAAGAAAGGCAUAAACAUUAGCGAUUAUCGUUCACGUACAAAACAUAUAGACAAAAAAGUAAGACGUCUUUAGUCACUGGCGCCCUUGAAUGCAUAAGACCGCUCAUCUCCGAAAGUACCGCUCUCUAAACUUGCCACGUAUUUGUCUUACCCCGCCUUGACUACUGUAGCUUUGUUUGGUGGUGAAAUCAACGCAACUCUGAAUGAGCAAUAGCUACAAGACUCCAAAAUAUGGCUGCUAAAUUGGGCUGAUGAAGGCGAAAAGAUCAAUUUAGGUUUCUGGGAAACUGCCCACCUACCCCUCCCCUAAGCCAUCAUUUUACCUUAAGUGAGAAGUAAGUGUUAAUGUUAGCUUAGGGGAGGGGUAUGUGGGCAGUUUCCCAGAAACCUAAAUAAUUGAUCCAGUGUAAAUGUUUUCUGUUUGUCUUAUUUUCUGUUACAGGUUGUCUCAAUGGAGGUGGCCAAAUAAGACCUGGAGACGGGGAAACGUCAAAAGAAUUGUUGAGUAGAUUGGAUGAACUUUAUAAUUCACUCAGGUAUCAACGGCUAGUUGUUUUUUCGUUUGUCACUGCAUUUAUUUUCUCUUGGCCAUUCAAACUUCAGUAGCUCUGACCCGCAGUUAUUGAGUACGCUGGAGGUUCUUUGACACGGCUUGGACUCAAUCGAUUUUGAAUGAUGAUAAGUUACAAGUGGGUUGACACUCGUAGUCAUGCAGCAACGACUAAGAAAUGUAUCAAAAAUUGCGACACACGGGCUUAGUUGUUGCCCUGCUUCCAGCUGUGCUUACUCUUAAGCUAUCGCUUUUUCAUUUUCUCUUUACCGUCGCCGUUGCUAAAGCUCCUUACUAACUCGCGCAAGACAAAUCAUUACCAGAAACGGUUUCGAGGCAAUCAUUAUUAGUUUGCCAUUUCUUUUCAGUCCAAAAUGCGACAUUUUUCUUUUUUUAUAAACGCUAAACCUUAUUUUUUUGUCUUUUUCGUAUUACAAUUUUGGAGUGGGUGCUAACGUUAAUUGUGUUUUCGCUUAGAUCAAGAAAACCAACUGAAAAUCCAGCAGUGGAAAGGCUGUACGAGUGAGUACCUACAGAAGUCCUUUCAAAUUUAUCUGUUGGUUGUUUACGAAAAUAAUAAAUAAAUUAUAUCCAGGCUUUAUUUGUAUGUUGUUCUUGCCAAACUACUCUUUUUAUACUUCUUUACAUUUUUCAGUGAAUGGCUAGGCGGGGAAUCUUCUGAGAAGGUAGGAAUAUUCACGUUAGUUUCAUGAGAAAGAGCAACUGCUGACAAUUGAACUAUAUAGUUUUAAAAAAAGGGAGUGUAAACCUCUCAUUUUUAUGUUUUUGUCUUCUUUUAUCGAACAUUCCUGAAGUUCUGUCAUGUCACAACUAAUUCAUCUUGUUCAUAUACUCAGGCAAGAGAGAUGCUUCACACAAAAUACCACGAAGUAGAAAAAUUAAACACGGCACUCAACAUUAAGUGGUAACGUUGGAUUAAAGGUGAAUACUGACAUGUCAUCGUCUCACGUGGGUUAAUAGACGGAAUAAAACACCGGUGAUAAGACAAGAGAACUGCCUUUUUCAGAUUGAACAGGGCGAUUGUGUUGGGGACUGCCCGGGAGGAUGCUUCUGCUACAGAUAGGAAAGUGAAAGUAUCGGCAGACCGACCUUACAUUAUAUCAUCUCGUGCUGUUGGAAGCAGGAGAGGACCCUGGGAACUAGGUCAGAGUUGCCUCAUAUAAGGGAAUCCAAGACAGUAUUGGAUUCUGGAUUCCUUGUCACUGGAGUUAGUUUGGAUUCCAGAUUCAAGUGGUUCGCUAGAUUCCACAUUUCAAGAGCUGAAUUCCGGAUCCCACAAGUAUGACGACCAGCACUUCCGGGAAAUUCAUUAAGUAAACUUCCACCAAGAUUUGUCAUUGCAUAGGAUUGCUAUGAAGCUGAUUGAACCUUCCACUCAUGUUCAAAUAAUGGAAGUUGAACGUUUACCAACAAAUAACUUGACACGUAGGGCAAGUAAACGUGAAAAAUACAUGGCGCUCAUUUUCAUUUUAAAAUGUGAUCAUUUCUCCGGUAUGGAGACUAAACAAACUCUUGAAAGAAAGGACUGAACAUGCGCCAUGCGCAUCUAUCAUUUCGCUGGACCUAAUUCACCUAUGGGCCGUUUUUAUACUUUUGACGCCUUAGGGACGUUAUUAAAGCAAAAGUAGUUUCGAGCGA